AUGUUCAGAGAACCUGCUGAGAAUGCUCUCAGAGACUAUGUGAAGAUAGUGAAAUUCAACGACCUCAAUUUGUGGAACAUCAAAGUGUCAUCUCAAAAAGCCCACACUCAUCUCUACAAAAUCAUUCGAAAAUUCCGGGAAGCAGUCGGUGCUCAAGUUCAACCAAUUUUUGACAAAUUGGUCCAGAUGGACAGCGCAAGCGUUGCUGUCCUUCCCGACUUGUCAGAGGUGAAGGCUGAUGGUCGAGGACGGAGAGCAGUGGAGCUUGCUAAUACCAUUAUGGCGAAGGGUUCGUGUUUCUUCACCUUCGUGGUGGAAAACUUCUUAAGAGUUGGGAUUACAGCGGCAGCCGUCUGUGACAUCACUGCCGCCGUGGAACUCGCUGAUCAAACGAAGUGUUGCGAUGAAGCAAUUCGCGUUCUCAUCAACUAUCAGGGAGAGGAUGAGGAAAAGGAGAAACAACAGGGUUACGCUCGAAAUUCCCGGCAACGUGCGGUUGCAAUGGUUAUCAAAGAGGCACAAAGUAUAGGCCUGAAUGCCCGCAAAGCGCAAGCCCUUGACCAGGAAACGGUGACUAGAAGUUCUUUGACUGAAGUGAAAAGACAUCGUGCGAAUGAGACAUCUGUCCACAAAUGCGCUGGUGGGCGAAAUGUCUGCAUUCGUAAGGCCGUAGCACCCAAUGAUCAACUGGGUGUAGCCACAAGAAAGCACUUAGUUGGAGUUAUCGAUUACGGUAUGGCAUGGAUCUUGAAAUGCCAUAGAAAACUGGCUGACUGGGAGGAGCUCUGUAAUGUGCUUACUCGGAAAACUCGUGCCUUUGAGCGCUUGGAGUCAAAUAUGGAGGCUGGAUGGUUUGUCGACUAUGAGCGAUUGAAGUCGCAGUGGGAAUUUAUUCAUACGCGAACAGAAGAAGUGGUUCGACAUACAGAAGCAAUGUCGAAAAGGUUAUCACGGGUGGAUUGCGUUGAGAUUACAACAACUGCUGUUUCCACAGAUAAUGUCCUUUUAUUCAUUCAAAACCUAUACAAGUCAGUUGUCGAAAGUACAAACACGGGCGAAAUGCGGUUGAUGGAUAGAUUCGAUUUUGCACUAAAUGCAAUGACGGGUUCUGCUUACGAAAAGGAGAUUACGCCAUUGUUGCAUGUCGUCACUCAGUUAUUCUCUGCGAUGAAUUGUCUCGUAUCGUCCUCACUUCAAGCAUUUGCUUCUCUCUACUACGCUCUUCUAUCAAUGAGCAUGCAGCUCUUUGAGAAG